AUGGCUGCUCCAGAAGCAAAAGUUGCUCCUUCAAUUCCGCCAUCUCUCUCUCUCCCGCCAUCGCAAUUUGCCCGCCUGCAACCGCACGCCUACCUCCUUGCCCACCUCUCUCCUCCGCCGGCGAGCAACCAGCCCUCCAUUCGCGCCAAUGGCCGCGCUCCAUCACAAUUUCGAGUCACUUCCGCCAAUGCGGGCUCUCUAACCCAUACUAAUGGCAGUGCUGUGGUGCGCAUCGGCGACACGGCUGCUGUAUGUGGCGUUCGUGCUGAGCUCUUACACACUGAAGAUAUCGCCUCAUGGAGCGUAUCACAGGCUUCAGGUUCUCAUAAGCGCCGGCGUCUAGCAGACUUAGGCAAGAAGUCAGCUGAGGAAGAUGAAGAGGAUGAAGAGGAUGAUGAAGAGGACCGCGCCCACAUCGAAGACCUCAAUCUGCUCGUCCCAAAUCUCUCUUUGAGCACUGGUUGUGCCCCGGGCUUCAUUCCGGGUGCGCCACCGUCUGCGCUCGCCCAGUCACUUUCCCACCAAAUCCUCUCCCUUCUACACAGCACACGCCUCGUUCGGGCAGAUGACCUCCGCAUCUGGUACCAACCGCCAAAUCUUGGUCCAGAGGAACCAGAGCGGCACAACGAGGAUGAACAGAUGGACAUGGAUGCCGAGCACAGCCCGACUAGCGAAAGCAAGCCCCGGGAAAUCAAGGCUUUCUGGGUCCUCUACAUUGAUGUCAUGAUCAUCUCCCUCGCGGGAAAUCCCUUUGACGCCGCCUGGGCUGCGGUUUUGGCCGCUCUCCGUGAUACAAAGCUUCCCAAAGCUUGGUGGGAUGUUGACAAUGAGACCAUUCUUUGCUCAGACAAUAUCUCAGAUGCCCGUAAGCUAUGUCUGCGCGGUUUGCCCGUGGCAAGCUCGUUCGGUGUCUUUGAGGCGGACGCUGCGGCGGGAUGGCGUCCCAAUGUCAUUCCUGAUGCCGAGGAGCAAAAGGCGCAAGAUCAGAAGCGCAAGAAGGGCUCCCAACAAAGCUGGAUUCUCGCGGACCCGGAUGGCUACGAAGAGGGGCUGAGCCAGGAACGAGCUUGCAUUGUUGUUGAUAAGGAGCAAGGUGGAAAGGGGAAGACGGUCAUCAUGAAGAUGGAGAAGCACGGAGGCUGGACUGUCGAUACCGAAGAGCUUCGACAACUAGUGGAUAUCUCAGCUCGGAGAUGGGAUGAGAUGAAACGCAUGUUAGACCAAUGCUAA